GAGGCGCCGCCGCCGCCGCUCCCGAGGCCGCUGCUGCUGCCGCCGCCGCGCAGAGCCCGAACCCGAGCCGCGGCCGAGAGGAGGGAGGAGGAGGAGGAGGUGGAGGAGGCGCCGGGCCGCGGGGUUGUCAGUAUUUAAACAGAGCACAUCAUGCGUGAGUACAAGCUAGUGGUCCUUGGUUCAGGAGGCGUGGGGAAGUCUGCUCUGACAGUUCAGUUUGUUCAGGGAAUUUUUGUUGAAAAAUAUGACCCAACGAUAGAAGAUUCCUACAGAAAGCAAGUUGAAGUAGACUGCCAACAAUGUAUGCUGGAAAUCCUGGAUACUGCAGGAACAGAGCAGUUUACAGCAAUGAGGGAUUUAUAUAUGAAGAAUGGCCAAGGGUUUGCACUAGUUUAUUCAAUUACAGCUCAGUCUACGUUUAAUGACUUACAGGAUUUGAGAGAACAGAUUUUACGGGUUAAAGACACAGAAGAUGUUCCAAUGAUUUUGGUUGGCAAUAAAUGUGACCUGGAAGACGAGCGGGUAGUUGGCAAAGAACAAGGCCAGAAUUUAGCAAGACAGUGGUGUAACUGUGCCUUUUUAGAAUCUUCUGCAAAGUCAAAGAUCAACGUUAAUGAGAUAUUUUAUGACCUGGUCAGACAGAUAAAUAGAAAAACACCAGUGGAAAAGAAGAAGCCUAAAAAGAAAUCAUGUCUGCUGCUCUAGACUUGAAGUCAGCAGCAGCUCUGAGCCAGAUUACAGAAAUGAAGAACUGUUGCCUAAUUGGAAAGUGCCAGCAUUCCAGACUUCAAAAACUAAAUCUGAAGAGGCUUCUCCUGUUUUAUAUAUUAUGUGAAGAAUUUAGAUCUUAUAUUGGUUUGCACAAGUUCCCUGGAGAAAAAGUUGCUCUGUGUAUAUCUCCUGGAAAUAAGACAUAGUAUUUCUCCUUUGCAAUAGCAGUUAUAACAGAUGUGAAAUAAGAUACUUGACUCUAAUACAAUUAUACAGAAGAGCAUGGAUGCAUUUCAAAUGUUAGAUGUUACUACUAUAAUCAAAUGAUUUCAUAUUGACCUUUUUAUCAUGACUCCUCCCUACCAAGCACUAAAAAGUUGAACCAUCACACUUUAUAUCUGUAAUGAUAUAGAUUAUGAAAUCUCCCUUUAAACUCAUUGCAGCAGAUAACUUUUUUGAGUCAUUGACUUCAUUUUAUAUUUAAAAAUUAUGAAAAUAUCAUCUGUCAUUAUAUUCUAAUUAAAAUUGUUUGUGCAUAAUGCUUUGGAAAAAUGGGUCUUUUAUAGGGAAAAAACUGGGAUAACUGAUUUCUAUGGCUUUCAAAGCUAAAAUAUAUAAUAUACUAAACCAACUCUAAUAUUGCUUCUUGUGUUUUACUGUCAGAUUAAAUUACAGCUUUUAUGGAUGAUUAAAUUUUAGUACAUUUUCA